CGCCCGAAACUCCGGCACAUCGCCUGAACUCGGCUCGGCUCAGCACAGGGAAACCGGAGCGCUGGGAGACAUGCAGGCCACGCUGCUCAGCAUCUUGGGGCUGGCCCUGCUCGGGGCACUGCAUGCGCAGGAGGACAUUCCCGUGCAAGCUGACUUCCAGGAGGAUAAGUUCACAGGGAAAUGGUACAGCAUCGGCCUGGCCUCCAACUCCAACUGGUUCAAGGACAAGAAACACCUGAUGAAGAUGUGCACCACAGUCGUCUCAGCCACUGCAGACGGCAACCUGGAAGUCACUUCCACCUACCCCAAGGCUGAUCGGUGCGAGACGAGGAACAGCCUUUACAUCAAGACAGAGCAGCCAGGACGGUUCAGCUACACCAGCCCACGCUGGGGCAGCACGCAUGACAUCCGCAUCGUGGAGACCAACUACGACGAGUACGCCUUGGUGGCCACCCAGAUCUCCAAGAACGCCGGCACCUCCACCAUGGUGCUGCUCUAUAGCAGGACUAAGGAGCUCAGUCCAGAGCGGCUGGAGAGGUUCACUCAGUUCUCCAGGGAACAGGGCCUGGCAGAUGAAGAUAUCCUCAUCCUGCCCAAAACAGAUAAAUGCAUGGCCGAUGCUGCCUAGGCGGACCCCGCGAGCUGCUGCCGGGCCGGAGCCCAGAGAGUGCCACGAGCGGAGCAGCCACCUCCCCCCCAUCCCCAGCACUCCCAUGCCAUGGCGUCACCCUUCACUUUCUACCUUUGCACCCUACGUCUGUACCCCCUCCCUGCCGAAGCCCCAUAUAAAACACCAGCCCCCUG